AUGGCACAGAUUGUAACAUUUUUUCAGAUGCUGUUAGUUCUGCUGCUUCAUGAUUCUAUCUCAGCUGAAGAUGGCGAAACAAGAGCAAGUUGCCGAACUGCUCCGGCAGAUUUAGUUUUUAUCUUGGAUGGCUCAUACAGUGUUGGCCCAGAAAACUUUGAAAUAAUCAAAAGUUGGCUUGUCAAUAUUACAAGAAAUUUUGACAUAGGGCCAAAGUUUAUUCAAGUUGGAGUUGUCCAGUACAGUGAUUACCCCGUACUUGAAAUUCCCCUCGGAACUCAUGAAUCCACUGAGAACCUCAUCAGGGAAAUGGAGUCCAUACACUAUCUGGGAGGAAAUACAAGAACAGGAAGAGCUAUUCAGUUUGCCUUUGACCAUCUUUUUGCAAAAUCUUCACGAUUUUUAACAAAAAUAGCAGUGGUUCUCACUGAUGGAAAGUCCCAAGAUGAAGUCAAAGAUGUAGCAGCAGAAGCAAGGAAAAAUAAGAUCACUUUGUUUGCAAUUGGUGUUGGCUCAGAAAUUGAGGAGGAUGAACUUAAAGCUAUUGCAAAUAAACCUUCAUCAACUUAUGUAUUUUAUGUUGAAGACUAUAUUGCAAUAUCAAGAAUUAAAGAAGUUAUAAAACAGAAACUCUGUGAAGAAUCUGUUUGUCCAACAAGAAUUCCAGUGGCAGCUCGAGAUGAAAAAGGAUUUGACAUUCUUGUAGGAUUAGGUGUGAAGAAAAAAGUUAAAAAGAGAAUUCAAAUAUCAACCACUAAUGCAAAAGCUUAUGAAGUAACCUCACGUGUUGACCUCUCAGAAUUAACAAGGAAUGUGUUUCCAGAAGGUCUCCCUCCAUCCUAUGUGUUUGUUUCCACUCAAAGAUUUAAAGUAAAGAAGACAUGGGAUUUGUGGAGAAUCCUGAGUCUAGAUAAGAGACCACAGAUAGCAGUCACUGUUAAUGGAGAAGAGAAAACAUUAUCAUUCACUACAACAAGUUUAAUAAAUGGCACACAAGUUAUUACAUUUGCUGCACCUCAUGUAAAGACAUUGUUUGAUGAAGGCUGGCAUCAAAUUCGUCUCUUAGUAACAGAAGACUCUGUAACUUUGUAUAUAGAUGGCCAAGAAAUUGAAACAAAGCCAUUGCAUCCAGUUUUAGGUAUUUACAUCAGUGGCCUAACCCAAAUAGGAAAGUAUUCUGGAAAGGAGGAAACGGUACAGUUUGAUUUACAAAAACUGCGAAUCUACUGUGACCCAGAGCAAAAUAAUCGAGAAACAGUCUGUGAGAUCCCAGGAUUUAAUGGAGAGUGCAUGAAUGGUCCCAGUGAUGUAGGCUCAACACCUGCCCCCUGCAUAUGCCCACCAGGAAAGCAAGGACCUCCAGGCCCCAAAGGUGACCCUGGGCAGCCUGGGAAUCAUGGUUAUCCUGGUCUGCCUGGUCCAGAUGGUAAGCCUGGAUACCAGGGAUCAGCAGGAACCCCAGGUAUCCCAGGAACUCCAGGGAUUCAAGGACCUCGUGGCUUGCCAGGUAUCAAGGGAGAACCAGGAAAAGAUGGGGCAAAGGGUGACAGUGGACUACCUGGUUUUCCUGGAUUACAUGGGAUGCCAGCACCAAAGGGAGAAAGAGGUCCUAAAGGAGAUCAAGGAGUGCCAGGAAUAUAUGGAAAAAAGGGUUCAAAAGGAGAGAAGGGUGAUACAGGGUUGCCAGGACUGCCAGGGCGAACUGGAGACCCUGGCAGAAAUGGGAAAGAUGGAUUACCAGGCAGUCCUGGAUUCAAGGGAGAAGUUGGGCAGCCUGGAUCUCCAGGCCUAGAAGGACAUCGAGGAGAGCCUGGAAUUCCUGGAAUUCCUGGAAAUCAAGGAGCAAAAGGACAAAAGGGUGAAAUUGGACCGCCAGGUCAACCGGGAGCAAAAGGGUCACCAGGAGAUACUGGUUUGAUGGGACCCGAAGGUUCACUUGGUCUUCCUGGAGCUCCUGGGCCUAAGGGUGAUAAAGGCGAACCGGGAAUCCAGGGGAAACCAGGAUCAUCAGGAGCCAAGGGAGAUCUAGGAGUUCCAGGGGCUCCAGGUGAACCAGGAUACCCAGGCAUUCCUGGUACCCAGGGAUUAAAGGGGGAGAAAGGAAACCAAGGUGACACUGGUAUCCAGGGACUGAAAGGAGAAAAAGGAAGACAAGGAAAUCCAGGCUUACAGGGAGUAGAAGGAUUGAGUGGAGAGCGAGGAGAGAAAGGUGAGAAAGGAGAUCCAGGCAUUCGAGGCAUCAGUGGACAAAAAGGAGAAUCUGGUGUCCAGGGUUUGAUUGGACCUCCUGGCCUCAGAGGUCAGCCAGGAGAUAGAGGACCCCCAGGACCACCUGGAUCAGAUGGAAAACCUGCACGGGAAUUUUCAGAAGAGUUUGUUCGACAGGUGUGUUCAGAUGUACUGAGAACCCAGUUGCCUGCCAUUCUCCAGAGUGGAAGACUACAAAACUGUAACCAUUGUCAGUCCCAAAGUGCUCCCCCAGGACUUCCAGGCCCACCAGGUCCCAGAGGCCCUGAAGGCCCCCGAGGGUUUCCUGGCUUGCCAGGGAGUGACGGCGUUCCAGGGCUGAUGGGCAUGCCGGGUCGCCCUGGGGCUCGUGGGACAAGAGGACUGCCAGGGAAGAAUGGUGCAAAAGGCAACCAAGGAGUUGGUUUUCCUGGGAUCCAAGGCCCCCCAGGACCUCCAGGUCCUGAAGGUCCACCAGGGAUGAGUAAGGAAGGCCGUCCUGGAGAGCGUGGGCAGCCUGGUAAAGAUGGAGAUCGUGGCACUCCAGGAAGGCCAGGACCAGUUGGACCCCCUGGAAUUUGUGACCCAUCACUGUGUUUUAGUGUAAUUGUGGGGAGAGAUCCAUUUAGAAAAGGACCAAAUUAUUAA